ACACACACACACACACACACACACACACACACACACACACACACACACUCACUCACAGAGAGACGGACAAUAAGAGUCACCUUUAGACUGAAAGCAGCACUUCCCCUGAGAGAGGCCGGCUACAGGAGGGAAACUGGAAUACUUCCACUUCCAGCAGCUGCUGAAUCCACACUGAACCAGAGUGUUACCAGAAGUCAAAGAGGAAGUAACUUUCAGGGAGCGGCUGCUGCUGGGUUUCUGCUUCACUCGGAGAAUAAAUGGCUUCCAGAUUAGAGGAAGAUAUCUGCUGUUCUGUCUGCCAUGGAGUCUUUAAAGAUCCUGUCGUCCUGUCCUGCAGCCACAGCUUCUGUAGAGACUGUCUGCAGAGCUGGUGGACGGGGAAAGUGAUCAAAGAGUGUCCACUUUGUAAGAGACGAUCUUCACGGUCAGAGCCUCCUUCUAACCUGGUGCUAAAGAACCUGUGUGAGAGUUUCUUACAGGAGAGAGAUCACAGAUCUCCAGAGGCUCUCUGCAGUCUGCACUCUGAGAGACUCAGACUCUUCUGUCUGGACCAUCAGCAGCCAGUGUGUGUCGUCUGCAGAGAUUCAAGAACACACAACAACCACAGAUUCAGACCCAUCGAUGAAGCUGCUCAGGAUCUCAGAGAGAAGCUCCAGAAGUCUCUGCAGCCCUUCAAGAAGAAACUGAAGCUCUUUGAGGAAGUUCAAGUGGACUUUGAUCAAACAACAGGACACCUGAAGGUCCAGGCUCGACACACAGAGACGCAGAUUAAGGAGCAGUUUAAGAAGCUUCACCAGUUUCUAGAAGAGGAAGAGGAGGCCAGGAUGGCUGCACUGAGGGAGGAAGAGGAGCAGAAGAGGAAGAUGAUGAAGAAGAAGAUGGAGGCUGUGAGCAGAGAGAUAGCAGCUCUUUCACACACAGUCAGAGCCACAGAGGAGGAGCUGAGAGCUGAAGACGUCUCCUUCCUGAACAACUACAAGGCUGCAGUGGAGAGGCUGCAGCGCCCCCUGCUGGAGGAUCCACAGCUGCCCUCAGGAGCUCUGAUAGACCAGGCCAAACACCUGGGCAACCUCAGCUUCAACAUCUGGAGCAAGAUGAAGGACAUGGUGUCCUAUUGCCCUGUGAUCCUGGACCCAAACACUGCCGGUUCAAACCUCAUCGUGUCUGAAGGUCUGACCUCUGUGAGAGCAGGAGAGGAGGAACAGGAACUUCCUAAUAAUCCAGAGAGGCUUAAUGGUUUAUAUUUCUCUGUCCUGGGCUCUGAGGGCUUUGCCUCAGGGACUCACAGCUGGGACGUCCAGGUCGGGGACAGUGGAUACUGGGAACUGGGAGUGUUAGCAGAGUCUGUUGAUAGGAUCAGGAAGGGAGACUUUGAGUCUGGGUUAUGGACAAUGUGGUUCUGCGAUGGUGAAUACUCUGCAGACUCCUCACUACAUCGAAGUGUUGUUCUCCCAUUUCAGAAGGAGCUCCAGAGGGUCAGAGUGGAUCUGGACUGGGACGGAGGAACCUUGACGUUCUCUGAUCCUGAGACUAACACACACAUACACACCUUCACACACACUUUCACUGAGAGGCUGUUUCCAUACAUUAACACUGGGGAUGAACUGCAGAUUCUCCCAGUGAAGAUCUCUGUGAGGGGAGAACAACACGAAUAGAUGAUGAUGAUGAUGAUGAUGAUGAUGACGAUGACGAUGGUGAUGAUGAUGAUGAUGACGAUGACGAUGGCGAUGGUGAUGGCGAUGAUGACGAUGACGAUGACGAUGACGAUGACGAUGACGAUGAUGACGACGACGACGAUGGCGAUGGCGAUGGCGAUGGCGAUGACGACGGUGACGGCGACGACGACGAUGACGAUGAUGAUGACGAUGAUGAUGAUGAUGAUGACGAUGACGAUGAUGAUGAUUGUUUGGUCAAGUUUAAUCAGCAGAUGUAUUGUUUUGAUAUCAUAAAUAUUAUUCAUGUAUACCUAAAGACUUAAAGUCAGAACCCUUAGAUGUUGUCUCCUGUGUAAAAGGGAUUUUAUUUUAAAUCAUCUGUUCAACGUAAUUCAUCAUGUGUGUCUGUGCCACUGAUACUGAAAGUUAACCUCAGAAAAGGCCCAGAGUUUAUUAGCCUCCUAUCUCUAACCUAGAUGUUAUCAUGUUUGCAUAUUAUAAUGAUGUGUGUUUCCUCAGAUAUAGAAAUGUGUAGAAUGUUUUUAGGUUUCCUCACAUGUUUCCUCUAAUUCAGCUUGUUGUCUUUAUCAUUUAAACAUGUUAUCCUUUUUAAUCACAUGUAACUGUGUAUCGAGUUAAAUUCAAUAAAAACAGGUCGACCUUUGUGGUCCACUGAAAGACA